UCUGCCGAGAUCCAAGGACUGUUUACUUCAACGUUGAAUGACGGAGGGUACUAUCGUUGUUAUCUUCAGUAAGGCUUGUAAGAAGUUGGCCUGCUAAAAUAUUUCUCUGAAAUAGUGGCUCCUAGCGAAAAUCAUGAACAAAUUGUAUUGUAACCAGUCUUCGCAAUUUAUGCCCACAUUCACCGAACUUGAAGAUCUUCGUUCGACUUGUAUCACCAACUGCGUCUUUAACAUUUUCCUUGCUUACACCGCCUUCAUGUUGAAUAUUGUGACAAUCUACGCCUUACACAAAACUUCGACAAUGCCAAACAAUUUGAAAACUCUGCUGCUAAGUCUUGCCUGCUCGGAUGUUGCCGUUGGUUUGUUUAGUCAACCAUUAUACACUUUCUUUUUGAUCAACUGGCUUCGACUAGACAAUCCUGGCUGUAACACUCAACAAGUGCGGACGAUUUCAACUAUUUUAUUUUCAGGUGCUUCGUUCCUUGGUGUUGUGGCUGUAAGUGUAGACAGGUUCUUAGCUGUUCAUCUUCAUCUCAGAUACCAAGAGCUUGUGACUCACAGGCGUGUUGUUAUUGUUGUGAUUGUCAUAUGGGUAUAUAAUGCAUUUCUUUCUUUGAUGAUAUUGUGGGAGCCUCUUGGUACUCUGGAUGUUGUAGGUAUGAUUAAUUUUGCUUUCAGUUUUAUUAUCACACUCGUGGUGUACAUCAGGAUAUAUCUAACUAUGCGACGGCACAAAAAUCAUAUUCAGUCCAUGCAAAUACGAAACGAAGCUCAGUCUGAGGAGAUAAAAAACUUUACUGUCCUAAUUAAAUCCACAGUUGGCAUAUUCUACGUAUAUCUCGUGUUUUUAAUUUGUUAUUUGCCCUACCUAAUUUGCAAGGCUGUUCUUCAAAUCUACGGCCCGAGUAUCGUAUUAAAGAAACUUUAUCUUUACUCACUGACCUUCGUGUACCUGAAUUCAUCUUUGAACCCUGUCAUUUACUGCUGGAAGAUGAAACACAUUCGACACGCUAUCAUAGACAUACUGCGGAGGAUGUCUUGGAACAGCAAUCAGCCAUUUCGGAUCAAAUAG